GAUGGCUCUACUAUUACUGUUAAUAGUGUCGUAUGUCGCAGCCUUCAAGAACAUCUCUAUAGAGAAGUUCAAAUCACUUCCGAUUCCCGAGUUCGCUAUGCAUCUGGCUGGUAAAGAGUUGAUUGACUACAUCAACGCCAAUCAACCAUUUUUCGAGGCCGGGGAGUCUAAGCUGUCCUACUAUGAGUUCAAAUCUCGUUUGAUGCAGGAAAAAUAUCUGAAAAUUGAUGAAUCACUGCGAGUGGCAGGACAAGACUUCUAUGAAGACAUUCCAGAAAGUUUCGACGCCCGAGAGCAGUGGCCGCAUUGCAAAUCUAUCCAAACCGUGCGCGAUCAGGCAAACUGCGGUUCGUGCUGGGCCGUUUCCUCCGCGUCAGCCAUGUCGGAUAGAUUAUGCAUUGCUACUAAGGGACGUAACCAGACUUUUAUUUCCGACACUGAUAUCCUUUCAUGCUGCAAAUACUGUGGAUACGGAUGUGAUGGUGGUUAUAUGAUUGAAUCAUGGUACUACUUAAAGACAACUGGAGCCUGCUCUGGUGGACCUUACGGAACUACGGGCAACUGCAAACCAUAUGCAUUCCAUCCGUGUGGGCAUCAUGAGAAUCAGACAUAUUAUGGAGAAUGUGAGAAGGCCAAUGAGGAUACACCAGCAUGCAGAGCAAAGUGCCAAACGGGGUACAGCAAGGCAUACGCAAAGGACAAAAUUUAUGGAAAGUCCUAUGAAUGA